CACUACACAGAUAGGAGGCUAAUAGAAGCUUCUUAAAAAUAUUUUGAAUAAACAGUACAGUAAAUCAUCAUGAGAAGUAUAUCAAUUCAAAAGACACACAAUUCCACAUUCAUGGAGAAGUAAAAAUUAAUUAGCAUUAAGGAUAAAAACUGGGUUUCUUUAAACUGAGCCAUUUCUUGGAUUGGUUUUCAAAGACCAUCAGGGGUGCUUGCGGGAUUUUCACAUUGAGUAAGUCCAAAAAUUAUAAUAAGAAUAAUGAUAAAUCAUGAUAAGGUUAUAUAUGUUUUCAUUAUUCACACUUUUGUGGCAUUUUCUUUGGCGGGGUUCGAUAAGAUUUUUCUAGAGUAAAGGGAUGGCCUAACCUGUGGGUCAAAUCUCCAUGAACAUUUUACCUUUUCAUGCAAGCAUAAUUAUUUAUUUUACUACAUUUUCACACAUAAUGCAUUAGAAUGUCCAGAAUAAACAAGUCCACUUCUCUCCCCAGCUUCCAAAAUUUCAACAGAAUGGCUCUUCUUGACUACCCUGUUCCAGAGCUGGAUGUGACCUUGCAGGAAGUUUGUCGUGUUCUACAGCUCACUUCGAGUCCUGAUCUGUAUGCUGACUUCAAAAGCACGCUGGAGAAGCAGAGGCCCCAUCUUGAAGAGACCCAGCAAAAGUUAGCAUCUAGUGCAGCAGGCCAAGAGAAUUGGGUGACCGAGCAGUUCAAGAAAAGUCUGUUGUCAUGUGCGGACCCCUUGUCAACUGCCACAGCCCUCCCAGUUGUCCUUCUACCAUCCAAAUCAGAGGGAUGCAACCAGUUAACAAGAGCAGCUGCUUUGCUUUGGGCUGCAGCAAAGUUGUACAGCGAGCCAAAGAUACUGGAAGGUGACGUGCCGAUGGAACAGACUCAACAAUCAGAGGUUUUUGCUGCCACACGAAUUCCUGGCAAGAACCUAGAUGAAAUUAAGGUCUACCCGGAAAGUAUUCACGCCAUUAUCACCUGUGUUGGCGGAGUGUUCCCGGUUGACAUAUUACAGCGUUCCAGCACCGGUGGGCCAUCAUUUGCUCGAUCCUUCAAUGAUAUCUACAACCAGUUGUUAAAGGUGGUGGACCAGGCCAGCACAGGAAAGCAGAACAACGCUUUGGCCAUUUGCAGCCUCUCUGCUUUGGAGCGCAAGUCCUGGGCUGCCAUCAGGGAGGAGAUCAUGGAGAAAGGAGGAGCUUCUGCAGCAUCACUGGAAAUAAUGGAGAGUGCUGUGCUGACGUUAAGUCUGGAGGACUGCAGCGCACCUACCGAAUUGGCUGACAUUCUCAACGCAGUGAGGUUGGGAGAAGAAGAUGGUCCCUGUUUAAGAUACUAUGACAAGGUGGUGAAUCUGGUGGUGUUCAAGGACUGCACUGCGGGGAUGGUCUUUGAGCAUUGUGCUGUGGAUGGGAUGGUGGCCGGCCUUGUAACUGAGCGUGUAUACCAAUUGGCCGAGAAAGCCGAUUUAAGCCUUGUACAGGCCAAUGCAGAUAAAGUCAAUGGGUCUGCUGCAGAAGAUGAUAAGAAUCCUAUGGACCCAACACCUUUGACAUUUACUUUACACGGCAAGCAUAACACCAAGACAUGCCCUGAUUUAAAAUCCAAAAAUCCAGUUCUCACUUUUGAUGUGUCUUCUUAUCCUGAUGUUUUUUCAACUCUGAGAAGCCAAAGAGGUCUCUAUGAUGCUUGGAUAAACAUCUCUUUACAACUUACCCUGAUGCAAACUCUUGGGAGAUCUGCCGCUACUCACGUGCUCGUCACUCCUACCCAUAUGCGCCACUAUAAACAUGGCCGCUGCGAUCCCACCUACUCGGUCAGCAUGAAGUCUCGUAAGUUAAUAGGUGUUUUGGCAUCAAGUAUUCGUCCAGACAACACAAUCCAAUACACAAAUGACCUCUUAAAUUUAUUCCAUGUUGCAUAUUUGGAACACAAGGCCCUCAUAAAAAACACCAAAAGUGGUCAUGGUGUAGGUCCCCAUUUGGCUGUCCUUCGUCGAGCUUUACCAAAAGACAAUCCAUUGAAGAAGUUUUUGGACCCCUUCGGAUGUCCUUCUGUGUACCUCACUGGUACCGAUCUGAUGGAAGGAGUGGAAUGUGGAGUUGGAAAUGUUUACGCCCAAGACCAGCUUGCUGUAACCUACCUUGGGAAAAGAGACAAAGUUCGAGUUGUGCUUAAUGCAAAAGGCAGCUUUGCUUUGAUGUUAGACAAGCUUCAGAAAAAUCUGAAGGUAAAUUUAAAGUUAGUGAUGCUUUUGGCACUCAGAUAUGCAAUUGCAUAUCAAAUGGGAGCACUGGAGUGUCUCCUCAAACAAAACGAAACAAAGGACAUGAACGGAGACAUAAUUCACUUUCCAUUGAGCACUGUCAAUAACAAAACGACAAUUGAUUCAACCACCGAUGAGAGUGCUGACUAUACUUUGGUGAUACAUGGUGGUGCCGGAGAAGUAAUGAUGAUGAAUCCGCAAGUGACAGAUGUCAUUGAGUUUGCUCUGAAAACAGCGUUAACCCUGGGAUCGCAAGUACUUCAAAAUGGCGGGCAAAGUCUAGAUGCAGUUCAAAGGUCAGUUGAAGCAAUGGAAGAUUGCUUUCUUUUCAAUGCGGGUAAAGGCUCAGUAUUCAACAUAGAAGGCAAAAAUGAAAUGGAGGCCACUAUAGUAGAUGGUAAUCAGUUGAGGUCUGGAGCUGUUGCCUGUGUGAAAAGUGUAAAGAACCCAAUAAAAGCAGCUCGAUGUGUCAUGGAAAAAAGCUCACAUUCUUUAAUUGUGGGAGAUGGUGCUGAGGAAUUUCUAGAAGGAUUGAAAGGGGAGGCAAAACCUGUCAAACCUGACUAUUUCCACACUGAUCUCCGCCAAAGAGAGCUAGCUGUGAAGCUCAGUGGUGCAAAUCUAUCAAAAAACAAUCAUCCUCAAACAGUUGGAGCUGUGGCAUUGGAUUGUCAUCAUGGGCUGGCAGCUGCAUCGUCCACAGGUGGGUUAGUGGGGAAGCUGAAAGGGCGUGUUGGUGAUACAGCAGUAGUUGGAGCAGGAAUUUAUGCUGAUAACACUUUAGCUAUUAGCUGCUCUGGAGAUGGGGAUGUGUUCUUAAGACACACAGUUGCGCAAAAAAUCGCCAGCCUCUACCAUCACAAAGGCUAUAGUCUCAGGAAGGCAUGUAAAGAGGUGAUGACAGAAAACCUGGGAGAUGUAUGUGCUGGAGUCAUUGCAGUUGACUCAAAAGGAAAUUCAGUUAUUGAAACAAAUGCCGGUGUCAUGUUUGUGGCCUCGAUGAUAGGUGGAAUAUCCAGAGUGGAGGUGCUUCGACCCCUAAAAAAUGUCUCCAAUGUGAUCUGGGAAACGGAUGAACUGGUUGCAUACUUGAAUCCCAAUCCUUGGACUCCUGGGUCAACUAUUUUGGCCAGAAAAACACUAAGUGGGGCCCACAGCAUUUUCCAUUUGGCUGAACCCGAUUUUGUGUGUCUGCUACAAGAAGCAAAAUCUGUUUCAAGUAUUUUAUGUGGGAAACUGGGAGUGCAACGUUGUGCUUUGGUUUCCUAUCCUAACCCCAAUCAACCAGCACAAAUUCGACUGCUACCACUUCAUGGUGUAGAGCCAAAGUGGCAACCCCAUCUUGCCAGGCAGGAGGAAUUUCACUCUUUCAACCCAGGAUACUGUACCUCCAAAAGUGGCCCACGCUGGGAUGAUGAAGCAUUGAACAAGGUUAGCGAUCAAAUUAGGAAUGGUUUACCAACAACAAAUGCACCCUCCAGUUUUGAAUUUCUGGGGUCUCCCUCUGAUAAUGAUCUAUUCAGUCGGAUUGUACGAGGAGAGGAGAAACAGUGGCGAGUAUGGGAAGACAGUCAACAUGUUGCCUUUCUAACACCCUAUCCAAACACUCCUGGAAUAACAGUUGUGGUGCCACGCAAACCACUGCCCAGUGACAUCUUGAACCUUGAGGAAGCUGACUACAAAGCUCUGAUCUUGGCAACUUAUAAAGUUGCCCAACUGCUGGAGGAGUGCAUGAGAGCUGAAGGUGUUGGACUGAUCUUUGAGGGAUUUGAGAUUAACUACGCUCAUGCUAAACUUAUCCCCCUGCUGUCUUCCCCACAAGGCCCAAAGGUUGCUAGACCACAGGCAGAAUUCUUCCUAAAAUACCCUGGAUAUGUGUCCUCUCUUGAUGGUCCAGCUGCUGAUUCAGAUGACCUCAAAACUCUUUAUUCCAAAAUCACUCAGUGCCAGCCUCCACAAUCAUGGGAAGACCCAAAGUCCCACUCCAUACUCGCUAUCACUAGCCAGUGGUAUCGCAACCUGUUCCAAAUACAGAACACUCUUUUCCACAGCACGGUGGAAUAUUUUAACAACUGCUGUCACUACUCCUAUGCUCUGACACCUCUCACGACAGACACCAUCUCCUCUCCAAUGGGUCUGGGGUCCGACUCAGAGCCAGUUUCUGUUCAACUUUUGGGUCAAGACAUCUACUUAGCCGACUCUAUGCAAUUUGUGCUCGAAUAUUUCCUCCGUUUGCAGGAUAACCUUCAGGGGACCUACUACAUAUCUCCCAGCUUUAGAGGAGAAGAUCCUGAUGCCACACACUUGAACCAAUUCUACCAUGUAGAGUGUGAACUGUUGGGUGACAUGGACCACGCAGUUUCAAUAGCAGAGGGAUAUUUGUCCCAUCUCACCAAAUCCAUGCUGAAGAGACACUCAGAUAUAAUUUUCAAAACUGCUGGGUCCCUCACGCAUAUCACAUCCAUGCUGAGUAAGUUGGAUGGAAAAAACCCACUGCCACGUGUCUCUCUAGAUCAGGCUAUUCCAAUGAUGCCUUCAGCAGAUUGCCUGGAGUGGGUACAAGAUGGUCAACCCCAGUUCGGAAGAAAGCUCACACGCAAAGGAGAGCGGGUCUUGAUCGAAAAAUAUGGUGGUGUUGUUUGGCUGACUGAGAUGGACCAUCUGGCAGUUCCAUUCUACCAGGCCUAUGUGGAGGGCAGUGGGCGGUGCAAAGCCAAGGCUGCAGACCUUCUGCUAGGCCUGGGAGAAACUGUGGGUCUUGGUGAACGUCAUUCCACCCCUGCCUUGGUACAGGAGGCUCUCAGACACCAUGCAGUUCCACAGCAGUCCUAUAAGUGGUACACUGAGAUGCGGGAGGUGAAACCACUUCUCACCAGUGGGUGGGGAAUGGGGACAGAGCGAUACUUGUGUUGGCUGCUUCAGCACAAUGAUGUAAGAGAUAUCCAGAUUAUUCCAAGACUCAAAGGAACUAAGUACAUGCCAUGAUCAUCAUUACUAUGCCGAGACAUACUUGUCUCAAGAUAAUACACAGCAUGAACUGUAAAUCAAAUCAUGCUUCAAUGAUGCAAAUUUUGGAAUUUCGAACUUUUCGGGUUAUAUUUAUUUCUAAAUCUGUUUUUUAUAUUCAAGUGGCAACAACAAACAAAACCCUUUAUUUCUUCUGGUUUUGUGGAAAAAUAAACCAUGCAUUUAUUAUUAGUCAUCACUUAUUUGACUGUUUUCAUCAACUGAUUGCUCUCAUAUUCCGCCUGAAAAGACAUUGAGUGUGCCAGUGGAAGUUGCCUCUUUAAGUGGUACAAAUGAUGUUGCAAAGUUGACAAAGUGUUUAAUCACAGCAUUAUUGUGAUGCAGUGUAGACAUAUUAUACAUUACAUGUUAGAAUGACAGUUUUUGCUUGUCUUGAUCAAUUGUUUUUUCUUUCUCUCAUGUAGAGUUUGAACUUUAGUUGUAUGCUCCAGCAACACAUCAAAACAACAACAACCUUACCGACUGAUAACUAACAAGGACAUCUGUUCUCGGGAGCAAUUGUCAAGAUAAAUAUUUUCACUGCCUUUUUUCUUUUUAA